AUGGAAGUCAUUCCUAUCGUUAGUCGCCCUUCAAGAUCAAAAUCAAGAACCUCUGCAAAUUCCCGCUCAGGUAGUAGAUCUAGAAGAUCAUCUUCAAGUCGUCCAAGAUCAUUAUCUGCAUCUUCAUUAACUAAACUUGUUGUCACUCCAACUCAUCUAGAUGAACGUACUGUUCCUUCAGUUCACGCAACUUUAGAUAAUACCCUUCCAUUAGAUUUCUUUAAACAAGACAUAUUGGCAUUAAUCAAAACUUUAAGAGUUAGUAAAUGGCAUAAACGUCAAUUAACAAUUUCCAAUUUAAUCAUUAAUAGAAUAUCUGGUGCAUUAACUAAUUCAAUUUAUAAAUUAGAAUAUAUUGAUAAACAACAAAAUUUGACUUUACCUGCAUUAUUAUUAAGAGUAUAUGGAAGAAAUGUCGAUGCUUUAAUUGAUAGAGAUGCUGAAUUAGCAAAUUUAGUUAAAUUAUCUCAAAAGAAAAUUGGUCCUAGAUUAUUAGGUAUAUUUUCAAAUGGUAGAUUUGAACAAUUCUUAGAAGGAUUUGUCACUUUAAAUAAAGAAAAAAUUAGAGAUCCAGUAAUUUCUCAAAUGUUAGGAAGAAGAAUGAAAGAUUUACAUUAUCAAAUUGAAUUAGAUGAAGAAGAUUUAACUCCAUUACCUAGUUCUUGGCGAUUAAUUGAAAAAUGGAUGAAAAUGUUUGAAGAAACUUAUAUUCCAUCGUAUAAAGCAGCAGGUUUAGAUCCUAAAUCCAUUUUCUGGGUUGAAUUUGAUCAAUUUAAACAAUUGGUUGCAAAAUAUAAAUCUUGGUUGUUUAACAAAUAUGAUACUGAUGCCUUUACUGCCAAUUACAAAUUCUGUCAUAAUGAUACUCAAUAUGGUAAUUUGUUAUUACAUGAAUCCUUCAAACCAGAAGAAGUAAUCCUUGACAGUUCUACAAAUUCAUCAUCUGCAGCCACAUCUUUCGCUUCAUUGAAAGAUGUUAAUUUUAUGGCAACUUCCCACAAGAAAGAUGCAAAUUUGGCUGUUAUUGAUUUUGAAUAUUCUGGUCCAAAUUUCCCUGCACUUGAUAUCGCUAAUCAUUUCUCAGAAUGGAUGUCAGAUUACUAUCAUCCAACUAAAUCAUACUUUAUCUUCCAUGAAAAUUAUCCUACAAAACUUGAACAAUUUAAUCUUUUAAAAUCUUACAUAGAAUAUGAUUUCCAAUAUCCUUCAUCAAAUCUCAAAACUUCAAAAAGACCAGAAGACAUCAUCAACGACAAUAAAAAUGCCGUCGAUAUCAUCCAAUAUGAAAUUGAAAAGAUUUAUAAUGAAUGUGUUUUCUGGCGUACCACUGUUCAAAUCUAUUGGUGUCUCUGGGGUUUGAUCCAAAAUGGACCUCUUCCAAGUCCAACACCAAUGCAAAAGGAAGAUUCCAAAUCGGAGCCUGGUAUAGAUGGUACUUAUACCAUUACUCAAAAGCUCGAAUGUGCAAUCCUCGACGAUGAGGAUAGUGAUACUACUAUUGAUGGAGAAAGUGCCAUUACUUCAUCUGAUGAUGAAUUUGAUUAUAUAAAAUAUUCUAAUCAAAAAAUUGCUUUGGUUAUGGGUGAUUUAAUCCAAUUUGGAUUAAUGGAUAAAAAUGAAAUCGAUAAAGAGAAUUGGGAUUUAAUCAAAUACUUGGACUGUUCCUUAUUCGAUCUUUAG